AAGGCUGUGGCUACCAGGGGCCCGGCCCGGGGCCGGAAGGCUGCUGCGGGCUGAGCGCUGGGCGCUGGGUGCAACGCUCGGGGCACAGGGGAAGAGCCGCCCGCGGCCAGAGCGUAGUCCCUGCGGGCCAAGCUGAGCAGUCGGUGGGGGGCCUAGUGGAGGCUGGCCUGCUCUGCUACAGGUGGGGCUGGCCGGCGGUGCAGCGUAGGCGUGCGGGUCACGGCCACGGCCACGGCCACGGUCACGUCUGGGCUCCCCUAGCACACAGCGCCAUCUCCCCAUCGCCCCACCGCCGCCGCCUGACGCAGCACCCAAUUGUUUUAUAUUUUCUCUCCUGUACACAAGGCAUCGAGCAAAAAUGAACCGUCCUCACCCCACUGGGCCACUUGCCACCUAUAACAGUCUGACAGACAAACACCUGGUUGGCUACUUCAGCAACGUAAGAAGAAGGAGACAUCUGCAGAGAUCAGGGCUGAUCACUAGAAGUGGAAGAAUCCUCUCAGAGAAAGAGUACAGACAGAACACCAUGAGGAAGGACCGCCAGAAGUUCACCAGAGAAUACUUAGCACAUGCCAUAUUCAAGAAGGUCCUUGAAAUGGAGCACAACUACGAGAUGGAGCUCAAGAGGUGGCUGGAGACCAGCUCUCAGAAGGAACGAGUGCAGAGAGUCAAGGUUGGCCGCUCACGGAGGGCAGUUGAACAUUACAUGCCUGUGCUUUCUCCUCAUCCUCCAGUUGCUCCAGAAGUGAACCAUGGAUCAUGUGUUGUGAUUGAUCAAAUGUAUUCUAGUACUUUAAAGCUGGCUUUCCCUCGGCCAAAUACUGCCCCAGGAAGACCCAGCACUGCCCCAGCAAACAUGCAGCAACGGCCACCUCGGCUGCAGCCACUCCUCAGUCAUCCGGCAGCAGGAGCGGCGCUCAAGCCAGCGUCAGCGUCCAAGUUAAAGCCGUCCGUGACGGAGAUGGAGGGUCGAUUUCCCAAUGGGGGUGAAAGGUACAGGAACCCUUCAGAGCAUUCCCACGGAGUGGCUCCAUAUCAGCUGCCCAUUAUUAAUGAGUAUUUGGUGCCCGUGCCUCCACCACCGUCCCCAAGAAAUGAGAAGAUAAUCAACAGAAGUCGCAUCCAGGCAUGGAGGAGACGAGUCCGUCCAACCACAGCCCCAAACAUCCCGGAGCCUCACAGGGAUUCCGGAAGAUAUCACAAAUCUCCUUUGCACAGUAACGCCUUCAUCACCAUGAUCUAUUGGGGGAAGAGGGUGCACCUGAAUCAUGAUGACAUAAAUUACAAAGACGAGAUCAAGAUUUAUCAGCAGCACUGCGGUGGAGAAAACCUUUGUGUCUUCCAAGGCAGACUCCUUGAAAAAGAGACGUUUCGGUUUGUUUCCAAACGACAUUAUGGCUUCCCCUUCAGCCUCACGUUUUUCCUGAAUGGGAUGCAGCUGGACAGGCUGAGCUCGUGCUGUGAGUUUAAGCAUCGCCGAGGGUCCAGGCUCGGAGGCAAGAACGGAUACUUUGGAUUCGUCGACAUCGAGGGAGCUUCUCCGUGCUACAAGUGCAUCAUUUCAAUGGGACUUGAUAAAAAGCCAUUGCCACCUCCAAAAAAAGAGAAAGAGAUGAUGGAGGUCAAUGAAGACCCUGUCAAAGAAGAAGAGUUCAGCAAAUCGAGGGAAAAUUUUAAUGAAGAAGUGGAGAAUGUGGGGCCAAUGCCAACAACUUGUUCGGCUCCAGAAGAUGACAAGAAAGUUGAAGAGUGCAUUGAAGAAGGGGUGGGAAGAGAAGAGAAGACAGGACCAGAUCCUGCUGAAAAUAACCAAGAAGUCUCAUUUAAAGACGACUAUGAUGAAGAUUUUGAAGUCGAUGACGAGAAAUCAAAUGAGAAAGUUAAUGAAGAUGGACAGACUGAUGAUCAAAUGAAAGGAAGGUCAAAGUCACCCUCAGAUGAUGAAAAAGAUAAUUUAGACCAUGAAAAGGAGAGUGAAACCUCAUUCCAGGAAAUACGAGAAACCUCUGAUUAUAUGAAAUACAAAAUUGAUGGGUGCUCAGACAAUGACUUGGAAGAUGACAAACAAGCUAGCAAAGCUUCCUUCUCAGGCUCAUCCGGAAGUAAUAUAUAUUCUAGUUCCAGUGAAGAUAUGUCUGAAAUGGGGGAUGAGAGAAGCUAUAGUGAGCAAAGCCAAGAAGAAACUUACCAAGAAAACUCAGAUUUCAGGGAUAUGGAUGAAGAGGACAAAGCUGAAGAAUACCCCCUUUCCCAGGGUGUCAUGGAUAGAAGAGAAACUGAGUCAAAAAGGAUGGACCCUGAGGGAAUGUGUGAAGACCAAGAGACAGAAUGCCAUUCUUCUUUAAAAGAAAUCACCAAAAAGAGUGCAAGUGGGGAAGGAAAGGAAGAGGAUGAGGAUGCUCUGUUGCUUUUGGCCAAGUCUGACAAAGAGAUGGGUGAUACAAUGGCAAGGCUUUCUAAGGUUGAUGAAGGUGGUGAGCUCAAAUCAAUCCAAGAAGAAAUAAGAGAGUCAGUGGAAGAGAAUGAGUCAUACCCUUCUGAAGGCGAGCCUAGCGACUCCAGUGCAGACGAAGCACAAGAAGGCCCGAGUCGCUGUCUGUAUCAUCUUCACAAAGAUGGGGACUUGUUGGCAGAGGAAACAGCAGCCCUGGAGACAGAGGAGGAGUCCAAGCAUGAUGCACCUGAGGGAGAGCAGCUGAAGAGGAGAGAAGCCUUUGAGCCCAAGAAAGCUGGGCCAGGGGCAGGAGCAGAGGAGCCCAGAUCAAGGAAGGAGAAGGAAGAGGAAGAGGAAGAAGAAGAGGGGGAGGAGGAAGAGAAGGAAGAGGGGGAGGAGGAAGAGGAGAAGGAGCAAGAGGAGGAAGAGGAAGCUGAGGCAGCUCUGGGGAGGGGAUGGGUGGUGGUCAAUGCCACAUCAGCACCUCGAGUUUUAGUUGAAGUGGCAGAAUUGACUAAGGUCAGAGAGGUCCCAGGGGUCCAUUGGGAUGGGGAGGAGACAGGAGCUAAAAGAGAAGGGCUAGCAUCUAAGGAAGAGGGGGAAGCGACAGAGAGGAUGAGAAUAACACAGGUCAUAACUGAUGCAAGAUCUCAUGAAGAGGAGAUCUGGAGGGACAGAGGCUCAGAGAGAAAGGAGGCUGUGAUCCAAGAGGAGGAGACUAUAGGGAAGGCAGCCAGGGAAAGCCAUGGGGAUACAGGGGAGGUAAGGCAUGAGACCAAGAAUGAAGGAAGGAUCCAAAGUGAAGUAGGAAGGUCCAAGGAGGAAGAGGCUGAGAGUGAGGCUGAAAGGGAAGGAGAAUACACAGAAAUGGUGUCUCCAGUCAGGUGGAACAUGGCAGCUUGGAUAGACGUGUUAGAGAUGGAGGCACUUGAGGGCACCAAGGAAGCACUAUCUAAGAAAAAGGAAACUUACCAAGAGGGGCAGGAAGGUGGGGAAAAGGCAGCAGUUCUGAGGGGUGUGACCCCAGAGGAGGAAGGGGACAUUGGGGUAGCUGAUUUAGAAGAUGUUGGUAGGGAAGUUGGAUAUCCUAGGGGGGCAGAGAAGGAGACAGCUGCUGUGGGAGAGGAAAUAGUGACUGAGGAGGAAACUGAGGCACUGAAUGAAACUGUGAAGGCAACCAUGUCCCAGAGGGAGGUGGUGACACCCCUAGCUGUAGCUGAAGCCAAGGAGGUUUUUGAACAAUUGGAAGAAACCACAAAUGGAGGAGAAGAGAUAGAGGAAAAGGAGUGUGAUACCGAGGAAGGAGUAGUAGGGAAGGGAAUGGAGCCUGUUGACGGAGUGGUGUUUCACAGAGAAAGUGCCGAAAAUGAGAGAAAACUGUCCCUAAUGGAAGCAGCUUCUGAAGUCAAAGAGUUGUCAGGGAAAGAAGGAAUUCCAGGAAUGGAGGAAGAAGUGGAAAUAGAAGAUGGAGAAAUCAGAUAUGGAGCCACAAGAGAGGUGACUUGCAGGGCAAAAGAAGAAAACAAAGUGGAAAAACAAGAGAUGGGAUUACCAGAGGAGGUCAGGAGGUCACCCAACAAUAGAGAUGGAAUGCCUGACGUCAAACUGGUGAGAAAGAAGUGGACACCUGAGGAGGAGACCACAACAAAGGAACCAUCGGUCACUGAAAGGGUAGAGACCCCAGAGGAAAUAGGAGUAAUAAGGGCUAAAGAGAGAGAAGAAACAGGAGUCCUAGUGAAGACCUACGGGGCUAUCUUUGAAGAAGAGCCAGGGAGUGGGGGACAGGUCUGUGAAGAGGAAGCUCCAGCAGCAAGAACAGAGACAGAGAUGUCUCUGGAGAAAGAAGCCCUAAAGAACAAAACACAAGAAGGGAAAACCAUCGUGGACGGCCAAGCUGAGGCAGAUGUGGGGGACGCAGGAGGGAUGGCAGUGACAGCACUGAAGAGGGAGGUGUUGGCAGCAGCUGAGGGCAAAACAGAAGAAAAUAAAGCCUCCUCUCCUUCAGAUGGUGUUGUGGGGGAAACUUGGCCCAGGCAGGACCAGCUACUAAAGAAAACAGCAGCUGGAGGCAGAGUGGCAGUGGAGGAGGAGGGAAAGGGAGAAAGAGUCCCAGCUGUGGAGGAGGUGAUAGGGAAAGCAGCCCCAGAGGCAGACCCAGCCACCAGGGAAGGGGUUCUUGAAAUGAGUCUCAUGAUACAGGCAUUGGAAUGGGAGAGAGAUCAGAAAAGGGACAUAGUGAGAGAAGACUGGAUGUGGGAGAAGAGCCAGGCUGAGGAGGCAGGGGAUGAGGAGAAAUCCAGACCAGGAUCGCCAGAGCCCAGGGGAGAAGUGAAACACGGAGAGGGAGGGCCCCAGAGCCAGAGGCCCCGGGGCUUAGAAACCAUGACUGUGGAAAAUGGGAUGACUGAAAUCAGAGAGAGGCAAGAAAGCACAGCACAAAGGAAGGAUGAUGCUCUAGGAGCUGAAGUCCCAAGGCCCUAAGAUGGCUUUAAAUAUGUCUAUGGAAAAAACAAGAAGCAGAGGAGCAAGUCUCUAAUCAUUGUCCUGUCCAGACUUUUAUAGCACUGUGUUUUUUCUCCCUCUGAGUAUUGCACACACACACACACACACACACACACACACACACACACACAGAGCUGUAAGUUUGUGCUGGAUCAAGAUACUCAUCUAUUCAUUUUUGCUGAUGCCCAACAAGACAAACUUUUCUGUUUAAUCCAGAGGAACUACAGGACAUGCAAUUGAAAUGGACUUAUAAGAAGAUAACUUAGAAGAAAUGCUCUCUAAUGGGAUUAGUCUGUAGAUGUUUCCCGUAAUUGACAUCCAUCAAUUUUCUAAGUGAAAUAGUAUUUUAAAAUUAGUCCCUUUUAUCCUAAGAUCCUAUAGUUUUAUGCAAAAUCACCCUAUAGUUUUAUGAGUUUAUGCAAAUUUAUUUUUUGUUUUAAAUUAAUUUUCAUUUUUCUUAGUUAAUUGCUUGGGGAUUACCUAAAUCAGAUUUGUGGUUUGGGACUACUAAUGACUUGGCUUCUUGGUCCAUGAAAGUCAUGUCCAGUAGUCUCCCAUGUCUGUUCAUCAAGCAAAGUCCAGUGCUGACCUAUAGGAUGCAAUCCCUGGGAAUUGUCCUGACAAGAUGGAUUUGAUGGAUAAAAAGUCUUUGAUUAUAGUCUAGAAAGAUCCUUUCUUACUGAUAAUGCCAAGUAUUUCCCUCUAAGUGGGAAGGGUUAUUUUGAAAUGCUGAGAGAGAGAGAGAGAGAGAGAGAGAGAGAGAGAGAGAGAGAGAGAGAGAGAGAGAGAGUAUUUUUAUUAUCCUUCCUUCCCCAGACAGCCAGCUAAACUCACAGCUUAACAGCAUUUCAUCUUAAGGAUCCUGGUGGAUCUGUGUUGAUGCCACAAGGAAUGGUCAGGAGGGGUGGCUUGGCCCACUAUUCCCCACUUCUGUGGGGGGUGUUGUGCCAAGACUGCAUCAGUAAAUAACAGCACUGGAUUUCUGGAUCACCACUGGAAGCACUUCCCAGAUAAGUGUGAGUGUGCCUCCUUCUGUGGAAAGGGCUCAUGACUUCCCUUAGGAUUCCUCUAGCCACAGAGCACUGCCCUUGGGGGCUGCUGGCCUUGGCCACCUUUUCCCCUUAUAGAAGUGGUUUGUUAGAUUGGAUAAAGCAUGGUUCUUAGAGCCUGAGUUCAAAUUCCACUUCUGAUGCCUAUUUUCUGUGUGACCUUUUGUGAGUGACUCCGUUCCCUAGUCUCAGUUUCCUGAUGUGUAAAAUAAGGGGCGGUAGGCAAAGUGGGCUUUGAGGUCCUUUCUGGACCUGUGAACCUCUGGCAAAAAGGCAGAUAAAUUCUAUAGAGAAAUGAUCACAAAUAAGUAUAUAAGGUACUGAGCUCAUUCGUCGGUACAGGAAAUCCCCUCAAUGAGAGUUCCCAAGGCCAACAAAAUCACAGAUCUGUUCCAACACUAAACCAUCCUUCCCCCAGGCCCCAUCCCCACCAAAGCCAUUUCCUCCCCCAAAACAGGCAGCAAACCUCCCCCACAAAUGCCUCAAACAUGUGCUAGCUGGGCCUUCUGAGGCCCUGGGGACCAGGAUUCUUAUUUUGGUUGGCCCUUUGGUGCUUGAUAAAGGAGAAUUCUCUAAAGAACAUGAUCAUUGAUCAUUCACUGCAGAAGAAGAAUUUUUUGGGGGAGCAAAGGGGGUAUGGUAUUUGUGAUAAAGAAAAUAGGUCAGAGGGGUGAGGUUGGGCCUUUGAGGGAGAGGUGGGAUCUCCAGUAGGCUGGGAUGAUGGCAUUCUAGCAGGGCUGAUGGUAUUUUUCUCCCCUGCCUUGCCUUCUCCCCUAGCCCUAAGUUAAUAACCAUAAUGAGCUGACUUUGGAGAGGGGAAUGCUCUGCUCUAAUAGGCUUCUUCCACAGCCUGUGGGCAGGCACCGGGUCACUCGGGGCAUAAUUUUAUCCUCAGAGUAUGACAUGCCACGUCUUAAUGAGCCCUCACAUCAGGAUUCUGCGGUCUUUGGUCUCUCUGUCUUCACUCUUUGGAAUGACAAUGCUUUCAUAGAAUGUGGAAGAAUGCAUAAGCACCUCUCCUGCACUGAACUAUGAUUUUUGUGUGGUGGUUAGAAAGGAAACAAUGAUUUAUACAAAGGACUCAUGGCAUCAAAGUCCCCUGGGAUGUUACUGUUCAUGGCACACCUGGAUUUCAUGUUCUUGGGCUGGGUCUUCUAUGUGGGCAAUAUGGCAGUGAAAGCAUGAGCCUCCCCACCCAGCUGCUCCUCUUCGUCAGUGUUCUUCAUUCUUAAAAGGACCAGUAAAUAACAUGCUGAAAGGGCAGGUUCAUGGAUGACCUGGCCUCAUUAAGGUGACCCCUCAAUACUUGCCUGGAUUCAUGAUCUCCCCAGUGUGAAACAUCUGCCAGUAGGAGAGAUCACAACCCAUUUUCUCUUUCCAAUGUUGCACCAUUCUCAUCCUUGCCUCAUCCCUAACUCCCUCCCUCCCUCCCUCCUUCAAGGGGCCACUGGACAGGCUGGAGACCUCCUUUUAUAUCCAUUGAU